AUGAAUUAUGUGGAAAGAAAAAAAAAAAAAAAAAAAAAAGAAAAACUAAAAAACAAAUAUAAAAAGGAGCCCAUGAAGAGAAAGGACGCAAUUAAAUAUAUCAGCGGUUUAAUCGUACUGUUUUUGCAUGGGGCUAAAAUAAAUUGUAAAGAAAGGAAUUUCUUUUUUUCGCCUAAGAACACUGUUUCGUAUGCAGGCUGGAGAAGAAAAAGUAAUAGUUGGGUUGUUUUGCAGAAAUAUUACAACUACCAUACCGGUGACGGAAAAGAGGAAAUAAUUCAAGAACAUUUAAAAAAAAAAGGUAAAAAAACAGAGAGAAGAAAAAAGAAUUUAGUAAGACACUUCAUUACUAGAAGGGGAUAUGUCCCAAAUAAGUUUAAUCAUAUGAGAAAAAAAAAGAUCAAUCAGUUUGUUCUAUGUAUUGAUAAGAAGAAAAAUGAGCAUAGCAAUGAUAUGCUCAGCUUUAUCAAUGAAAGGGGAAAGGUGAAUUAUGACGAAAAGGAUUUACUUACAGUGGGAGACAAGAAUGAGAAUGGAAAAAAGAAAAAUAGUAAUAACACUGAUUAUAAAAAUCGCAUUCUUAAUGAAGAUGACGUAUCGUACAAAUAUGUAGAAGAAAUGGAAUUAAAAAAAAUUAACAUUCGUGGUGUAGACAUUGAAUAUCGAAUAUACAAUUUAGAAGAGGGAAUAUACAUUGUUGAUAAUGAAAAUUAUGAAAAGAUAAAAAAUUUAUGGAAUGAAGAAGAAUUAAAAAAAGCAAAAGAAAAUUUUCAAGGAUUUUUUGGAAUAAAAAAUCAAGGUAUUAAAGAUGAUGGUUGGAUUAUGUUACCAUUUGACUAUGAUGAAAAUAAAAAUAUAAAGUUGGUGAAAGCAGAUUUUGAUAAUCCGAUGUAUGAUUAUAUAAUUACCUAUUACGACAAGGAACGAAAUUAUUAUUUUGAAUAUAAAAGAAGAAAUUAUUAUAAAAUGUUUCGUAACACAAUACAUGAAAUUCCACCAUACAAAUCUCAGUUAGAAGAAGACAGAAGAUAUUAUGGAAAAGAAAUUAUUAUACCUAAAAAAAAGUUAGAUAAUGAAAUUUUUAGACAACCAAUGCUAAGUGAUGUUUUGACAGGUGGCUGUAGUAGAGAACCCAUAGGAUUAGAGUCAUGGAGACAUGUUAAGUAUCCCUAUGGGAAUUUAAUUGAAUAUCAGAAAUAUAGUCAACUUUACUGUAUUAAAAAGAAUGGGAAUAAGAAGCCAAGUAUGAGAUAUCAUUACUUAGGGAAUAGUAAUUUAGCUGUUUCUGAAAUUUGCUUAGGUACCAUGAAUUUUGGAAAUUAUGUAAAUGAAAAAUUAGCACAUGAAUUAUUUGAUUAUGCGUAUGAAGAAUUUCAAGUGAACUUUUUCGACACUGCAGAAAUAUAUCCCUUACCUGUUAGUGAGAAUUAUUUUGGAUUAUCGGAGGAAAUUUUGGGAAAUUGGAUUAAAGCUAAGGGGAAGGCCAACAGACACAAGUUUGUCAUUGCUACGAAAAUUUGCGGUAGAACUGAUAAAAUUCCGUGGGCUAAAAAAUACAAAAGAGGAAUAAAAAGAAUGGAUGACUUAGCGAGUGAUGCAAAUGAUACAGAACAUGAGCUACAAAGGAAAAAUAAGGACAAUGUGAAUGAUUUGUAUGACUCAAAAGAGAAAAACAAAAGUUCGAUUGAAAAAUUAGAGGCCUUAAAAAAAAAAGAAGAAUUAUAUUUGAAAGGGGACAAAGGAAUGGUGGAAAAAAUGAAGGAACUAGAAAAAUGGAAGAAUAUCCAAAGACAAGAAAAUGACCUUAUAACACUUAGUAAGGAGAGCAUAAUUUCCAGUGUAGACAAUUGCUUGACGAGACUCAAAACGAAUUACAUUGAUUUGUUACAACUACAUUGGCCCGAUAGAUAUUAUCCUAAUCAAUCAUCUGGUGAUUAUAGCGAUGUGCUUUAUGAUUAUAAUAAGUAUUAUGAUGAUUUUGUGCCGUUCGUAGAACAACUGCAAGCAAUUAAUGAGCUAAAAAAAAAAGGGAAAAUAAGAGAAUGGGGAUUAAGUAAUGAAACACCUUUUGGAUUAUUAAAAUUUUAUGAAUUAUGCAAACAGUUAAAUAUAUCUCCACCUGUAUCAGUACAGUUAGAGUACAAUUUAUUAUGUCGUAAUGACGUAGAAAAAGGAUUUCUUGAAAUCUGUAGACCACAAAAUACGAACGUUUCCAUUUUGGCAUAUUCACCACUAUGUGCCGGUAUAUUAACAGGAAAAUAUUUAGAAUAUACAGAUUAUACAACAAAAGGAAGAAUGCAAAAAUUCCCUUCCUAUAUGAAAAGAUUAAGAGGAUCUAUAGCUACAUAUAUCAUUAGAGAGUUAUAUUAUUUAAGUCAGAAAUAUUAUUUCCCAAAUUUAACUGUGGCUGCUUUGAAAUGGGUUUAUACAAGAUCAUUUGUUACUUCCACCGUUAUUGGUAUCUCAGAUUUUUUGCAACUUCGAGAAAAUUUGUAUUCACUCACAGAGGAUGUGCUAUUUACGGAUAAGUUGGAACGCGAAAUAAAUGCAUUGCAUUGGAAGUUCAGGGAUCCCAUCCGGAUUAUCCAGUGA